AUGAGUGAUGUAAUCUCCGUCCCUGUCACUUUGAUACGCUCGUUCAAAUUCCGUACCACCUGCUACAUCACACUUCAUGAGGUCCCCGCAACAACCACUCUCUCACAUUUAUUCGAUCUAAUUGAGAAAGCUGUGCGUGAAUCCCCAAAUGUGCCGCCUCCCUUCAAAACAAUGCAUUUUGAUUGUAGUAUUAAUACAUGGAUCAAAGGUCAACUGCGGAUGGUUUCAAAAGUGAUUUUAUUCAGUUGCAGUUUGUUCAUGACUUGGAUCACUUGGUUUCAGCUUAAUCGCGAAACUUGUGCAUCGCCAACAUCUCGUCGGUCCGGGUUCGCAGGAGUUCGCAUUCCCCUUAUGCUUUUUCUGUAAAUAUCUGGUGAUAGUUGCAAUGUUAGAGGAGCACCCCAGCAUUGUG